AUGCUGCAGGCAUUUGUGGAACGGUGCGUUGAGACAGGUACUGUCGAGUCAUCACAUUUAGCAGAAAGGACGAGGAAUGACUUCUUCCUAGGAACCGACGGACACACUGAUACGUUAGAUCAGGCUAUGCAGGAUGUGAAAUCCAUUAUUGGCCAACUCAGUCGGAUCACAACUUCCAUUCGCAAGGCUGGCACUAAUGCUCGGAUUCAGAAAGCUGAUGCUUCUUACGACCCUGAUCAUCCGCAGGUCAAAGCUUUGAGAAUUCAUCUACAGCUGCUGUUACUAUCAAGACCUACUAAUAAUGGCACUCUGCGGGUACUGAUUUCUUCGCAUGGCGUGGUAUUGACUUCGCCCGUAGAUGAGACCAUUGUGACCGAUUCGCGGUCAUUGACUGUUAUUCAGCAACGACUCAUCGAAGCGAACCUUAAACGGAGAAAUCGAUUUUUGUAUGCUCAGCGUCAUGCAAUCAAGCUAUCCGAUGGGGAUCCUACAGUAUCGACAUCGAUACAAACCCCUCAAAAAGCACCCCCGCCACCGGGUGCCAACCCCUUCGCAAGGUCGACGGAAGAGCCUGAACUACCAAAAGUGUAUAGCACAACAACUGCAACGGAUGUACAAGAUCCAAUUCAGUUACCAACGCGAUCCAGUGCCCAGCCAACGACCACAGUCAUAUCUGCAAUAAGUUCUCGUGUGACAUAUCCCAAACCUCCACCACUUAGGAGUGAUCAAAAUAUUUUCCAGUGUCCGUGCUGUUGCCAGACAUUGCCAGCUUCCGUGGGCAGAGGAAGUCAGUGGAAAGAUAUUCUUCCUUACACAUGUAUUCUAGAAGAUUGCCCUCGUCCCGAAAGGCUUUAUCAUACAAAGGAUCUCUGGCUGUCGCACAUGCUCACAGAUCAUCGCGGCACUUCCCACUGGGUUUGCCUCGCAUGCAAUGGCUCGAGCGAACGACGGGUGUUUUUUGAAGACUCGGCAUUGACUGAACAUUUAGAGCAAAAGCAUUCAAGGGGUAUCAAACCCCAGCAAAUCCCCAUGUUGGCCUCUGCCUGGCGCCGAAAACAGCCACCCUCUAUCGAAUCAUGUCCACUCUGUGGGUUGACAGACCCGGAUUUUAAUGUCAUUUUGAACCAUAUUGCCGAGCAUCUGCAUGCAUUCUCGCUUAGGGCCUUGCCAUGGGCACAGGGAGACUUUGAAUGUAAUGGUAACUCAUACGGUGACUAUUACGAAGAUCAUCCUUAUUUUGACACAGGACGAUCGGACGAUACAGGAAGAGUGGGAUCCGGGUCUACUGAAUUAUCUGAGCAGAUGAGUCUGGAAGACCUGCCUGUCAUGGAAUCUCGCAAGAUGCCAACUGAAAACAACCACUUGACAGAAGACAAGAUACGCUGCAUUUCAGAAGACCCGAAUGGUAACGAAGAUAUGAUGGCUGCGUUCUUAGCUGGCAUCGAGAACCAAGAUCCUGUAACGGCACCCUUUCAAACCCCACCAUCGCCAGGCCGCUCUGAUAGUGGGCCACCCCUCACCGAAGAAGAAAGCAUCCGGCUCCUCGACAUGCAUUCCGUUCCAUCAUUAAGUGUUAUAGACCCUAGAUAUUUGGAUCGUGACCACUCCUCGGCCAUUCGAGCGCCACUGCCAGCCCCAUCUGACAGCGAAUCCUCCACAGACGAAGAGGAUGAACACCAAGCAACUCUAUCCCAUCAGCCUGCAUCUUCAUCUCCAUCCAGACCACGCUCGGAUUCUAAUGAAGAGCCUGCAUCGCCGGGUUUCCUAUCACCAUCUGUGGCCCAGGAAGAGUUCUUGUCGCCCGCCCUAUCACGUUAUGCUGAUCUCGAUGGAACUUCUAUAACCAGAGUCAUGAAGGCUGAAGGCGCUAUAAAAGGUGGGGCAGAAGCUGCUGGGUUUCUUUCGGGAUCUGGAAUGCUUUCUCGCCAUAUCACGCUACCGCAAGGUAAUGCUCGGCCUGGCGAGUUGUCGAAUUUUUCUCUAGUCAUUUAUGAUGAGGAUGAUUUUCAGCAUUCGUUAGCAACACUCUUUGGCAAAUGUUCUCGAUGGGUUUCGAUGCUUUUGGAACACUCCAAUCAUGCGCCCUGUCUCUCGCUUGGUGAACUGAACGAGCAUAUUGCUGAUCGAUUCCGCAAUGCCAUACUGGAUGGGUCCGACGUCGAUGGACUCCUUGCCAACCCCUUUUAUCGGAAAGAUACCUUUAUUUCCGUUACGAUGACCAUGGUAUGGGAAUUUAUAUUUACACGAUAUCUCUUUGGUUUGGAAAGGCCGAUACGCUCAGCAAUCAAGCGGCUGGAGAAGGAAUUGUCUCAGACUUUACCACAAGAAGCAGUUUAUCGCUGGCGAGCCACGACGUUGUCUUUAUUGGCACAGGAUAUCGAGUUGAAAGAGCAGCAAGAACGUGAUAUUGAAGCGAUUUCGAUAACAAUAAUCGAUACACUUAUGUCUAUGCUAACGGUCGGGAGACCACAUGAGCCUCCCCUGCGCAAUGAGCUCCACGAGGUAUUGCGUAGCGCUGUGGACCUCUCUUUUGAAAUGCGUACGCAGCUGGCAGAUUACAUUAUGUUACCUCCUCUUCUGCCUGAGUAUGACAUUCAGAGAAAUUUGACAAACCAGAUUUUCUUCAACUCCUCCUUAAUGCAUGAUCAGAGCGGCGUGUAUGCAUCAGAUGAAGAAGCAGAAACCGAACAUGCGGUUGUUCGUUUAGUCCUUUUCCCAUUGGUAGUGAAAAAGGGCGACGACCAGGGCAGAGGAGACGAAGAAGUGAUUGUUUAUCCAGCUCAAGUCGUGGUAGCAGAAAAGCAGAGCAAAAGGUCGGCUCCUGAAACUGAGAUCGAAGCCCAAGCCCCUGGCUCUCCUGGGGGCACAGACUACUUCGCCGAAUCCAAUGCCCAAAUUGCUGAAGAUGCUGCAGGGGUGAAGGAGCAGCGCAAGGCUGAAACCUUUGACCUGAAGGAUAAACUGAGAGCCACUAAGAGAAGCCGUGAAAGGCUGCUACAAAGAAAGGUGGAAUUGAUGGCUGACUCCCAGAAACGCUCCUAUGAUGUCCCUGGUGAGAGCCAAUUUGGUCAAAAUGAGAGUAUCGAGUCCCCUGCAAAAGAAGCAGAGGAAAGUCCUUCCACUAGCCCGAGUGCUGACACCUCCUUCCCCGGUCAAAAUGACGCUGCGGUGGAUAAUGUAUUCGACGAGGUGGAAGAUAUAGUUGUCAUCUUCUAA